AUGCAGAGCGGUUCCUUCCAAAUUCAAGACCGGAUUCUUCGAUCUUGUCUAACAGGGGGCGAGGAGGCGGAAGUGAAAGUCGGCGACAAGACGGGGCGCCUCGCGAAGAUUGCCAAAGUGCGAGGUCCUGCAAACGAUACCUUUGUACGAAGUGGAGAACGGGACGUUCUGUCCAGGGACUGGUGGGCGAGACUCAUAGCAGCGGAGGAGCGCGCGAACGCGGCCGCGGGGUGGGGUCAAGAGCGCGCCCCUCGCGUCCCGGGCCAGGUUCGGACCGUUGAUGGGACGGACCAGGGCGCGGCGGCUACUGCUUGGGAGCAGUGCGCCCAAAUCCAGCGCGAGCGGGCAAUGAGGGAGGCGCUCGCGGUGGGCGCGCCCGUCGACGCAGAAACAGCGCGCACGCGCGCGGAGCUGCGAGCGGCUGGUCCCCCGCUCACGAAAGCGGACGCACGUCAGUCGAAGCAAGCAACGGGCGGCCAAAGUCAGGUCUCGCCAAAGGAGCCGAUUCUGAAUACGAAAGGAAAUGGUAAGAACGUCAGCAAGGAGAUGAGGGAAAAGAACGCCCCGGAGAGCGUGGGAGUCGGUCUGGAGAGACAGAUUUUGGGGGCGAGAACUUCUUUGGAGGCACCCAGUGGGGAGACGUUUUCAAAAGCAAACCUGCUGCCGCACCAAGUGGAAGCAUUUGAGUUCCUGAAGCGGAGAAUGGUGGGCGAUCCAGAGGCCGGUGGAAAGGGUAGGGGAGCAAUCCUGUGGAUGUCGCCCGGGCUUGGCAAAACUCUUGUGGCGUUAGCCCUGAACGAGCACCUACGUCACCAAGAGCGGCUAUUGCCCCUGAUCGUCGCGCCCGCCAGCAUCCAAGAUAACUGGCUGCUCGAAAUUCGGAAGUGGUUUCCGGGCAAGCCCGGCAAGCCCCGCCACUUGGCGGUCUAUCGGCUGGACACGUCAAGCGUCCGCCGCGCGGCCGCGCAGGAGCGGCGCGAGGAGGAGUUCCGGAGCCGCGCGGAACGGGCGGAACGGAGAGCGCGCGGAUCGAGACUUGCGGCGCGCGGCACUGUAUUCCGGCACCGGAAUCGCCACCGGAACCCGCGAGACGGACAGGAACUGGAGGGCGCCCUGCCAGCGAGCGACGAAUUUAUGAUAAGGGUCGAGAGGCCGCUCGAGCAGUGGUCCGCCAGAACGGGCCAGAACUUGGAACGGAACGCGGGAGCAGAACCGGAACCGGAAGCCGCUCGGGUGGAGCUGACGGCGCUCUUUGGGCCGUUCCUGUACUACGCUGGGGAGGGAAUUUUGCACGGGGCGCUGGGGGUUCCGCCGCGGAACGACUUCGUAUAUCUGCGGUUGAAGAUGAACGGAAAGGCGCAGGAGCUGCAAGACUGCUUUCGUAGACAAGGUCCUCGGUAG